ACUGCCGUGGGCUCCCAGCGCCGGGCAUGGAGCCGGGGGUGCGCAGAGCCUGGGUGCCACAGAGCACCCUGGAAGCAGAGUUCCCUCUGCCCCUGUGCAGUGAGCAGUAUGUGACGCUGCGGGGGCCGCGCUGCGCCCCGGUGCUGAGGCAGGCGGUGCGCUGGAAGAUGGCCCCCCUGGGCCGGGAUGCAGUGGGGCAGAGCUGGUGGACGGAGCCGAGCUGCCAUGGGGCGGAGGACACGCAGUACAGCCUCACCCAUAGCACUGCCUGGCAGCGCUGGCAGCGCUCACAGAGCGCUCCUGAACGGCAGCCGCUGCCCCCCGUCUACGACCAGCACCUGCGGGAGGCCGCCUGCUGGGACCCCACCGUCCCUGCUGCCUACCCGGGGCCCGGCACACGCUGGGGAGCCUUCCUGUGGCAGGAGCGCCCCAUCCUGGGCAAGGAGUACGUGGCCACCCGCAGCCAGAGCACCGCGGCGCAGGGGGGCAGCCCGGGGUACGUCCCUCUGCUGUCCUUCUGCCGCCCCCCAACCACCAGGCGGGAUGUCUGCAGCUGGAGCCUCCUGCAGCACCAACCUUCAGCCCCCCAGUAAUGGUGCUGCAGGUCUGCUGCUGCUACGGGGGGGUAGGGGGGUGCUCUUUGUGCACACAGCCUCAGGAACAGCCUGCCUUGCGGUGGGGGACCCUCUAACACAGACGUCCCGUGCAGCACAGGUAGCACCACGUCAGCUCUUUAUUAAUAAAAACAGUUCAGUAUCCCC